GUGAUUCUUCCCAAAAAAAAAAAAAAAGAUACAGAAGAAACUAGAAAGGAAGUAAGAAGAGAUCGAUGAUUACGAGAAGUUAUAUUCUUUGCGAAUUAGAUGCAUGAGGUUGGAUUUCCUGUGGAUCUCUCUGUCUUCACGCGCCUGAUAGCUACUCUAUUCUUCCUCGCCGUCGGUGUAUUUUACUUUCUCAGAAACACCGCCGCUAAGUACUUCGACAUCGGAGCCGCCGCCGCCGGAGGUUUCGACAGGGAAUUUGUGGCGGUCGAUACGGAGUAUUGCUCUGUCUGUGGGAGAUUUUCCACCAAGAAAUGCUCCCGCUGCAAAGCCGUUCGAUACUGCUCAGCAGACUGCCAAAAGUCAGAUUGGAGUUCCGGUCAUCAAAGAAAGUGUAAGGAUGUUGGGAUUACUAGCUUAACACCAUCUGGAAAAAAUGGCCUACGGUUUAGAGCUUCUACGUUUGGGGAUAGUUCUGCGUCUAAGAUUGCAUUGAUUCCCGAAUGGGGCCGAAACAAGAGUAGCCUGAAGCCAGGAGAAGUUCUUUUCCCAUAUGAAGAAUUUCUUUAUUACUUUAAUUGGGACAAUCCAGAAUUGGCUCCGUGUGGACUCAUGAAUUGUGGAAACAGUUGUUUUGCGAAUGUGAUUCUACAAUGCCUUUCUUGGACUCGCCCUCUCGUUGCAUACCUGCUAGAAAAAGGCCACAAGAGAGAAUGUAUGCGCAACGAUUGGUGCUUUUUCUGUGAAUUUGAAUCCCAUGUUGAGAGAGCGAGCCAGAGUCGGUUCCCUUUUUCACCAAUGAACAUUAUUUCAAGGCUAACUAAUAUUGGUGGAACUUUUGGGUAUGGGAGACAAGAGGAUGCUCAUGAGUUCAUGAGGUAUGCCAUUGAUAUGAUGCAGUCUGUUUGCCUCGACGAAUUUGGUGGAGAAAAGUUGGUGCCUCCUCGUUCUCAAGAAACAACGCUUAUUCAGCAUAUAUUUGGCGGUCUCCUUCAAUCACAGGUUCAGUGUACUGUUUGCAAUAAUGUUUCUGACCAAUAUGAAAAUCUGAUGGAUUUAACCGUUGAGAUUCAUGGGGAUGCCGUGUCUUUGGAGGAAUGUCUUGAUCAAUUCACAGCCAAAGAAUGGCUUCACGGAGAUAACAUGUACAAAUGUGAUAGGUGUUGUGACUAUGUAAAGGCAUGUAAGCGUCUUACGAUUCGGCGCGCUCCAAACAUUCUUACGAUUGCCUUAAAAAGAUUUCAGGGAGGAAGAUAUGGAAAACUGAACAAAAGAAUUAGCUUUCCUGAGACAUUGGAUCUUAGCCCUUACAUGAGCGAAGGCGGAGAAGGAUCAGAUGUAUAUAAACUCUAUGCUGUGAUUGUCCAUUUAGACAUGCUGAAUGCAUCAUUCUUCGGCCAUUACAUAUGCUACAUUAAGGACUUUUGCGGAAACUGGUAUAGAAUAGAUGACUCCGAGAUAGAAAGUGUCGAAUUAGAAGAUGUCCUCUCUCAAAGAGCUUAUAUGCUCCUCUACAGCAGGAUUCAAGCUCGGUCAUCAUCAUUGUGUGCGAGUCUGAGAUCAGAAGUUCAAGACGAGAAGAUAACAGACACAUUGGACGCGAAAUCUUGCCAAAAAGAGAUUGUUGAGAGUUCAAUGGUAGGAGCUAUUGACAGCAGAAGUAGCAGCCAUACGACCAUUGAAGACCCUGAAUGUGAACAAGAAUCACGGUCAUCAGCAUCAUCUUCGUCAUUGUCAUCAUCACCAUCUGUAAUGACCUCUGAAUGUUUGGCAGAGGUAGAAAGGGUUGAUACAUUGGAUUCCGAGUCAAACACUUCAAUCGAUGAAUCUGUAAUAGAUCAUCAAGAGGAUGCAGCAAAUGGGAACUGCGAUCCAGAGGUAAAAGACCAGGCUGUCGAUUCUUGUUCAGACCCUACAGAUUCAACUCCAUCGGUUUGUACAAAAUCCCAACCUCUGAUGAGACAUAAAGACACCGAGAUGAUCGACGCUCAAUGAUGUUGGAAUGUUACAACAUUUGGCAAUCACAGGAGAUUGUAGCUUACAAUAAUAUUCAGAUAGUAUUCAGAAUGCAGAUAGUAUUCCACAAAAACUUAUGGUACAAAAGGUUGAUAAUAUAUAGAAAUUGAGAUGUUUUUUCUUAC